AUGCUGGCUGGUACAUCAUACCGCGGCGCAUUAGAGGAGCGCUUCAAGGACGUCCUCAAGGCGGCCGAAAAGGCCAACGACAAGGUGAUCUUGUUCAUCGACGAGAUGCACACGUGUAUCGGCGCCGGCCGGUUCAGCGGCAGCAGCAUGGACGCAGCCAACAUGCUGAAGCCGGCGUUGGCUCGUGGCCGUAUCCGUUGCAUCGGCGCGACGACAUUCGACGAGCACCGCAAGUACAUUGAGAAGGAUGCCGCGUUCGAGAGACGGUUCCAGAUGGUGCAGGUGGAAGAGCCGGGCACGCAGGCGACCGUUGCUAUUCUACGAGGUCUAAGAGCGCGCUACCAAAAGCACCACGGCUUAAAGAUUCAACGUGCCGCUCUUGUUGCUGCCGUCGAGCUUGCUGACCGCUAUAUCACCGGUCGUCAAUUUCCUGAUAAGGCAAUUGAACAUAUAAAGGACGCUAUGCAACCCGCCAUUCUGGAGGCCUUUCCGCGCGCACGAUUGCUGGCCAUUCGAUCAGCUUCUUCGAUCGUUUUUGACCCUUGA